AUGACUAGCGGGGCAAACGAUUCCGUUCCUUCAGAAUGCGACGUCCUCGUUGUCGGCAGCGGCAAUGCCGGCCUCUCAGCUGCUAUAGCUGCCAGGCAAGCGGGAGCAGGGAGUGUUGUGCUCAUUGACAAAUGCCCAGAGUCAUGGGCAGGAGGCAACUCAUACUUCACCGCGGGAGCUUACCGAACCGUACACGAGGGUUUGAAAGACAUUCUGCCACUGGUAAACAAUGUAUCGGACGAACAGGCGGAAAACAUCAUACUGGAACCAUAUACCGCUGACCACUUCACGGAGGACCUCAACCGUGUGUGCAUGGGACGAAGUGACCCACGACUAGCAAGAACUCUCAUAUCUGAAUCUAAUGACGCGGUUAAAUGGCUGGCUGACUUGGGAGUGAAAUUCCAUUUGUCUUUUAACAGACAAGCGUAUGAGAUUGAUGGAAAGAUCAAGUUCUGGGGUGGCUUGUGUCUGAAGACCGCCGACGGGGGGAAGAGCCUCAUCCAAGAUCUCCGACAGGCCGCGCAGGAUGCCGGCGUGCAAACCAUUUGGUCAACCUCUUUCCAGGAAGUGAAAAGUGAAAGUGACACGGGCAUACUCAAUGUUUCGAUAUGCGGCAAGACGUGGCGAGCCAUAUCCACAAAGGCCGUCAUAUUUGCAGCCGGUGGGUUCGAGGCCAAUCCUCGCAUGAGAGCUGCGUAUCUGGGCCCAGGAUGGGACAUGGCCAUGGUACGUGGAACGCCUUACAACACAGGAGAAUGCCUGGAACACUGCAUUGCAUGCUGUGAUGCGACAGCAGCGGGCAACUGGUCGGGCUGCCAUUCCGUGGCAUGGGAUGCCAAUGCCGACCCGAACUGCGGCGACCGCGAAGCGUCCAAUGAGUUUACAAAAUCAGGAUAUCCGCUUGGUCUUAUGAUCAAUGUCGACGGAAAGCGGUUUGUAGACGAAGGAGUGGACAUGCGCAACUUCACGUACGCCAAGUUCGGCCGGGCAAUUCUCGAGCAACCAGACCACUUGGCAUUUCAGAUAUUCGAUGCGCGAACAACACCCUGGCUGCGGUCAGAGGAGUAUCGGCCAGAGCGGGUCGAGCAUAUUAAAGCUCAAUCUAUCGAGGAGCUAGCUGAAAAGUGUGUCUCAGGUGGUCUUCGCAACAAAUAUGCCUUUAUCAAUACAGUCACGGAGUACAACGAAGCCGUGCUGGCUCACCGUCGUGAGAAUCCAUCUGUGAAGUGGGAUCCAUCCGUAAAGGACGGUCUUUCGACGCAAUCAGCCAGUACGAAACUCGAGCUUCCCAAAUCCAAUUGGGCGUUGCCGCUGGACAAAGGGCCGUUCUUGGCAGUCAAAGUCAGCGCAGGAAUCACAUUCACGUUUGGCGGGCUGAAGGUUGAUCCUGACACGGCGCAAAUACUACGUUCAUCCAAUGGGUCCCCAAGUCCCGGAUUGUACUGUGUCGGCGAAAUGAUGGGUGGAUUAUUUUACAAGAAUUAUCCGGGUGGGAGCGGACUGACUUCGGGGACUGUGUUUGGGAGACGGGCUGGGACGGCGGCGGCGCAAUAUGUUAACUCGUUUUACGGGUAG